AUGCUGAAGCCCGCCGACCCCAGCGCGUCCGCCUUCCUGAAGGUGGACCCCUCAUACCUGCAUCACUGGCAGCAGCUCUUCCCACAGACGCAGCUCAAACCGCCGCCGUCCAACAGCGCCGCCUUAGCCCCGCCCCUCUCCUCCAUCAACGUGGAAACCCUCCGCUCGGCGCGUCUCCACGGACACCUCCACCACAACGCCAACUCCUCGGUCAUUUCCAGCUCCACCACGCCGCAGCUCAACGUCACCCCGCAGAUGGCGCUGUUCGGACAGGCCCUGGCUCCCGUGUGCCUGCCCGAGCGAGCGCCGCAGCCCGCCGGGGGAGGAGGGGGCCGGGAGGACGUGGUGCUGGUGGUGGAAAGUAACGCACAGAGCAGCGCAAAGGAGGGCUCCGGCGGCGUCAGCGUGGUGUCGUCCAGCGUGAAGAGCGUCAGCAGCAGCAGCGUGGCGAGCGGCGAGGACAAGAGCAUGUCGCUGAGGUUUAAGCUAACGUCCGAGGAGCUGGACUAUUACCUGUAUGGACAGCAGCGCAUGGAGAUUAUUCCAUUGAGCAACCACACGGGGGAGCCCAACAACCGCUGCGACAUGUGUGCGGACAACAGAAACGGCGAGUGUCCAAUGCACGGGCCCCUGCACUCGCUGCGCCGCCUGGUGGGCACGAGCAGCACUGCGACCCCAGUGACGAUGCCCGACGUCCCAGACUGGCUCCGGGAUCUACCCCGAGAGGUUUGCCUCUGCACCAGUACCGUCCCCGGUCUGGGCUAUGGGAUCUGUGCGGCUCAGAGGAUUCCUCAGGGGACGUGGAUCGGUCCGUUUCAGGGUGUCCCACUGCUGCUGGACAAGAUUCACAGCGGAGUCCUCAGGAACUCCAGGCAUCUCUGGGAGAUCUACGAUGCAGAGGGGACGCUGCAGCACUUUAUCGAUGGGAACGACCCUAGUAAGUCGAGUUGGAUGAGGUACAUCCGCUGUGCGCGACACUGUGGGGAGCAGAACAUGAUGGUGGUGCAGUACAGCCAGCCGCUGUAG